AUGACUGUGUCAGAUCCUCCUGUCCCUUCAAAUUGGGACUUCACUCCAGUGCAUGACCUACUAUGUUCGCCUAUUGAAGGCUGCACUGCGAGACCUAGUCGCCACAAUGAAUCUACAAUCACCUCGCUUGGUGAACAACAAGCCGAGGGUGAUCCGCGUUACACCACUAAUGGUAGGCUCUUAGGUCUUACCUCCCAGCGGAGUAACCCAAAACUUGGUGACUUCGGUUCUCUUUGGGAGCUUUUCAAUGGGGCCCCUGCUCCUGCAAGCGUCACACCCACUUUAGGGACUACAAGGACCACCAAGUCUGAGCUGGAGAAGGUUCAGCCAUCACUUGAAGAACUGCUUCCUAGUUCAGCGGAAAGACCUGUCAAAAAGGUCUCAUUCUCUGGCAUCCCCGGCAUCGAAAAAUCCGUCCCCAUUUCAUCUGACGCAUCUCACAUCACCAAUGAGCCAAAUCCUCGGGUCCUCAAGGACACCAUCACUGGCUAUACCUCCCAUUAUCCUUCUCGCCCGAAAGCACAUGUGACAGGUAUUCCUGUCGAUUUUGAGGGUCGAUCAUUCACUAUCUUGAGACGGGCCUCUGUUCAUGAGCCUUUAGAAUCGAAUGCCAAUGUGAAAUUUGGUAUUCCACGAACCCCUCCGGAGACAAUUACUAGAGCCAGUGUUGGUGAUCCAAGUGAUACUCCCACGCCGAAACCCAAGUCUCGUUCUCGCGGAAAAGAUUUCCGGAACAACACGCGCGAUAAUCCAGUCACUUCCGAAGAAAGUACUGGGCUAGACUCGGACACGAGCAUUGUGUUCGAUUAUCCCGUUUCUGAGAAACCUGUGGCCAUUCCUUUUGUCCCUUUUCAAGUCGGCAGACCUGAAGCGAAGACUCACCAUUAUGAUACCCCGCCGUCCUCGUUUGACGAUAAUGAGUGGAUACUGAAUACUGAUCCCAUCCGAGGAUUUGCUUCUGGAGGUACCCUGCACCAAUCCGCCUCGGAGCGAAGAGUCACCUUGAUGAGUAGACUCCUCGGUCAUUUUCCUGAUUACGCCAAAGUCGUGUCUCAAGUGGGACAGACUUUACACCAUCAUCCCAAUGAGAGUAUUACCUCACGUCCUAUUCAUGUAUUUGUUGAUGUGUCGAAUAUCAUGGUCGGGUUCCACGAUUCGGUGAAAGCCUCGAGAAAUAUCCCUCUCUCAACCCGAAUUCGUCGUGUCCACAUGUCCUUCGCGAAUCUCGCAUUGAUCAUGGAACGCGGCCGCCAAACCGCCAAGAGAGUCUUGGUCGGAUCAGAUCGUCUUCCCUCCGUCGAUGAAGCCGAGAGACUCGGCUACGAAGUGAAUAUUCUUGAGCGUGUGCAGAAGGUGAAGGCGAUCACACCCCGUCGCAACGGCAAGUCACGGAACAAUACUGUCUCCAGUUACCAGUGUGGAUAUAGCGGUCCUGAAACGGUCGCUGCCUCUGGAGAGCGAUGGGUUGAGCAGGGUGUGGACGAAAUUCUACACCUGAAGAUCCUGGAGAGCCUUUUGGAUACGGAACACCCGGCGACGAUUGUUUUGGCGACGGGGGAUGCGGCAGUAGCCGAGUUCUCCGGCGGUUUCAUGAAGAUGGUCGAGCGCGGGCUACAGCGCGGCUGGAAUGUUGAGCUUGUCAGCUUUUCUCAGGGCACUAGCUACGCAUACCGGAAGAAGGAGUUCCGGACUCGAUGGGGAGACCAGUUCAAGCUGGUUGAGCUUGACCGGUACUUGGAGGAACUGUUUGAGUGA